ACACUUUUGCGGAGAAAUAAAGCAGAACUGAAGUAUUUACGGACUUGGAUCUGACUUUUAAAGAAUUUGUAAAGCUCGCUGAAAUUUGUUAGAGUUAACUAUUAAGACCAAGUUUUUUUAAAUUUAUUUAUUCGCCAAAAAAUCCCCCCGCCCGGCGUCCCUAUGUUGUCAAGUAGGAAGCGUACUUUUGAGCCACAAGUGACCAGAACAUGUCACUGAUUAACUUAAGUGAUGAUCGUUUUACAGGCGUGUUAUCUGCAAAAUUAUUCAAUGGCAUAUUGAGAAGAAAAAUAGGUGUUAUUGUUUAAUAAGAACGAAAUCAGGAUGUCAGAGCGGACUCCGCUCCUCCACUACCGUCUGUUGACCAGCGUCAAUGAAUCCGAACGGCGGGCUCCUUCAGCCGGCCUGGCCCGGGAGAAGACGCCGGCCGGUCCCCGGCCCCGGUUCUCCUACUCGAAGCAACCGAAGAAACUGUCCACCUUCUUCGGUGUGGUCGUCCCCACUUUGCUGUCGAUGUUCAGCGUGAUUGUAUUUCUGAGAAUAGGUUUCUUGGUUGGCCAAUCUGGACUGUAUCAGGCAAUUGCCAUGUUCAUUGUGGCCUACUUCAUAAUCUGCAUGACUGUGCUGUCGGUGUGUGCCAUCUCCACUAAUGGCGCCCUGGAUGCUGGGGGGGCCUACUACAUGAUCAGCAGAGCGUUGGGUCCAGAAUUUGGAGGCAGUAUUGGAAUCAUGUUUUUCUUGGCUAAUGUGUGUGCCUGUGCCUUUUAUGUGCUGGGUUUGGUCGAAGCCAUUGUUGCCACAUUUGGUGUGCCAGAGGAUGGGUCACUGGCAACAUCUUCACACCAAGUCCUGCCAUCAGGCUACUGGUGGUCUCUUCUUUACGCCACAGCUAUCGCCCUGCUCUGUUUGCUUGUGUGCCUGGUCGGUGCUCACAUCUAUGCCAAGGCCACCUUCCUUAUCUUCCUGGUGGUCAUCUUUGUCCUCGGCACCAUAUUCAUCAGCUUCUUUGCAGUACAUCCUCGCACCAUCAUCCUACCUGUUUCUGCCACAUCCGACCUAGUGGUAAAUGGAACUGGCCCGACUACGGCAAACUUUACUGGCUUCAAGUUGGACACCCUGCUGGGGAACCUGUGGGCUGACUACACUGUGGAUUACACAACUGGAAAUUUGAUGACCUUUGCCACUGUGUUUGCUGUGAUGUUUAAUGGCUGUACUGGCAUCAUGGCGGGAUCCAACAUGUCAGGCGAUCUAAAAAAUCCAAGUUACUCCAUUCCACGUGGCACCAUCACUGCUGUCAUCUUCACCUUCAUCAUCUACAACCUGCUCAGCGUCCUUGUUGCCUGCUCUUGUGACCGAGAGUUACUUCAGAAGAAUUACAGUUUCCUCAGAGACAUCAACAUCUGGAAUCCUUUUGUGACCAUUGGAGUUUAUUCUUCUACCCUCUCAGCAGCCAUGAGCAACCUCAUUGGCGCCUCACGCAUCCUCUACGCCUUGGCCAGAGAUGACUUGUUUGGUAAGGUGUUGUCUCCUGCUAAGAAGACAUCUAAUAGUGGCAACCCCUGGGCCUCUGUGCUUCUUUCCUGGUUUCUUGUACAACUCGUGCUGUUUUCGGGGAAGCUCAACACAAUUGCCAGUAUUGUGACCAUUUUCUUUUUGCUGGUUUAUGCUGCUGUGGACUUGGCAUGCCUCGCUCUGGAAUGGGCCUCAGCACCUAAUUUCAGGCCCACUUUUCGAUACUUCACCUGGCAUACGUGCGUGUUGGGCAUUGUGGGCUGUGCCGUCAUGAUGUUUCUUAUCAACGCUAUCUACGCCUCGGCCAGCAUCGCAUUCAUGCUGCUGCUGCUUCUGCUGAUUCACUACCUCAGUCCAACCUCAAGCUGGGGCUACAUCAGCCAAGCUCUUAUUUUCCACCAGGUGCGCAAGUAUUUGCUGAUGCUAGAUGUGAGAAAGGACCAUGUCAAGUUCUGGAGGCCUCAGGUUCUGCUGAUGGUUUCCAACCCUCGUAGCAGUACAGGCCUCAUCACAUUCAUCAAUGAUAUUAAAAAGAGUGGACUCUACGUUCUGGGACACGUUCAACUCGGAGAUCUCAACACGUUGCCCUCUGAUCCUCUUCAAUCCCAGUAUGCCUCCUGGUUAACCCUGGUGGACUAUCUCAACAUUAAAGCCUUUGUCAACCUGACAUUGGCUGAUUCAGUACGUCACGGGAUCCAACACCUCCUGUUCAUCUCUGGACUAGGUGGAAUGCGUCCCAACACACUUGUCUUAGGUUUCUAUGACGACAGUUUGCCAAAAGACAAGCUCUCUCCAAGUCAGUCCACAGAUCUUUCAGCGUCUCAAGAUCUUGAGCAGCACACCACUCCCUUCCAUUUUGGUUCCCUUCGGCGGUCUAGUAACGGUACUAAAAAGGAUAACGCCCACGACGGAAAGGUUCUAGGGGCCGAGGAGUACGUAGCAAUCAUUGCGGAUGCCAUGAAGAUGCUGAAGAAUGUGGUUCUGGCCCGUUAUUUUAACAACUUUGACCGAGCAAAGGCUCUGUCAGCGGCCUCCUCUCCGGGUAAGAGUUCCGUCUACGUGGACGUGUGGCCGGUCAAUCUGCUGCGUCCAGACAGCUCCAGCUACGUGGAUACCUGUUCUUUGUUCUUGCUUCAGCUGGCAUGCAUUCUCAACAUGGUGCGAUCUUGGCGCAAAGCCACACUCCGUCUCUUCCUAUGUGUGGAGGAAGGGCGGACCGUGAGUGGCUCAGAGGAGAAGCUAGGACAGCUGCUGAAAGAAUUGCGAAUAAAAGCUCAAAUCUACCCUGUGCCUUGGGACCAGCAGGUGGCACUACACUGGCAGCGACAAGGCGGGAGAAAUGGAGAAGAGAACAAGCAAGCGUCAGAAUCUUUCCAAACUGUCAAGGAAGGAGAGAGGCGGAGGAACGAUGAAGAGGAUGCCGAUGAUAGUUACGCCAAUAGCUUCCCGAGCAACACUACGCGCCUAUCAGAUGACUACUUGUCAGCGGUCAAUCAGCUGAUCCUAGACCAGGCACGGCCACCACCGACUGUGCGCUUUCUGUACCUGCCCCGCCCCCCGGCUGACACCCGCCGCUACACUGCAUACUUGCACCAGCUGGAGCUGCUGACACAGAACCUGGGCCCAACUUUGCUCAUCCACGGUGUGACGCCUGUCAUCACCACUGAUCUCUGAACACUUCCGCUCGCACGCACUAAGCUGUGACAGGCUUAGCGUCGAUCUUGUCGGCUGCUGUUGUGUGAAGGUGUGAAUUCCUGUCCCAAGAGCUGACUGACUAAACUGACCAAACGCUUGACAAGCUCAAUAUGGACCAAACCCGAAAAAAGCCCAACAACUCAGAAAAUAUUUUUCCCGGGAUUAUUUCAAAUGACGAUACCUUAACUUUAUUUACUUUAAAGCGGUACACAAAGCAUUGCACAAAAAUACUAUAAUGCAUCGAAACAGGAUUGUGGUCUUCAGGUUAAAAUAGUAUGACAUGAUUAUGUUUUUUCUGUACUGGUUAUAUUAUUUAUAUGUGUAACAGUACGCCAGGGGUACCUAUGGCUCGCGAGCCAGAUGUGGCUCUUUUGAUGACUGCAUCAGGCUCUCGGAUAAAUCUGAGCUGACAUUGCUUAACAUGAUAAGUAAUGAAUAAUUCCACUUGUAAUAAGUGUUAAAAAUAAUGUUCAAAACAUAAAACAUUCUCAUGCAUUUUUAGUCCAUCCAUCCGUUUACUACCGCACCUGUUCAAGAAGGUUCGUUAAGAAGUUAUUUAUUUAUUAUUGGUUAGUGUGGGGCUUGUUCUCCUGGGGGUUCUUCAGACCACCAAGCACCGACAUGAGAGCCCGUUUCAGGGUUACACUAUUGUUUUAUUUUUCAAUAAGUCCCUCAGUUGCUUUCCAGCAAUUGUAUUUUUCUCUUUCGUUCUCGCUCGUGCUCUGGCUUCAGCCCCAACCCUGUCUCUCCUCCUGGCUGCUGCUUAUAACAGAGCGACAGGUGAUUAGAUAACAAGGCUCAGGUGGGCCAUCCACGCAGCUCUCGCUGAUUUCGAGGCCGGUCCUGGCACACCCCAGUUCGCUGCAGGCCGGUGGGCCACGCCCCCUCCAUAGUUGGCUUCAGAAUAACAAUGUUAUUACAAAGAAUAAGAGAACUAUUAUACUCUAGAAAUGUUGGUCUUACUUAAACAUGGACGUGUUUAGUUGUGUUCAGUGUUAAAAAAAAUAUAUUAUAUGGCACUUACGGAAAUACAUUUUAAAAUAUUUGGCUUUUUGGCUCUCUCAGCCAAAAAGGUUCCCGACCCCUGCAGUACGCCAUCAUCACGAUGCCGCCGGUUAAUUUUCGGUAAAUUAACAGGGGAACUGUACUUUUUUGGCAAUUUUGUCCAUCAUCCACAAUACCUAUGGGGGGAAAGAACACACAUGUAUUUCAUUCUAAAUAGUAAAAAAAAAACUUCUAACUAGAGGCGGCUAACAAUGUAGGUGAUGGUGAGUGACCUAUUUCUCCUAUAAAAACCUUUAAAAAAAAACACCCAACCACGUUUUAAAUGAAUAGGAUAAGUAUGUAUUUUUAUGUGGUAUCAGGCACAUUCUUGAUAAUAUUUACAGUAUUUUGGUCACUAUAAGCAUUAACAGAACUUUUCUCCUGGGUGCAUUGAUUUCACAGAGCCCAUAGCAACAGACGCUACUUCCGUCAAGAACUAUUCUUACUACUACUAAUCAUGACAUACUUUUUGAGAGAAAAUGAGGACUACUUUGGGACAAUUAAGGAUCUUAAACUUUAUCUUUUUGAACCUGAAUAUACAAAAGACGAGCUAAAAAAUGUAGAAGCCGGGUGCUAAGCAGAUCCAGCUCUAGUGAAACACUGAGCUUCCUGUAGCACUAAUGAUAAGUGCUAAACAAGAAAUACAAACAUAAUAUAUCAAAACAAAACAGGCACUUACCAAGCCAAACGCACUAGUCACUAGUGGGAUGUUUAUAUCUUUCAGCACGGGGUUGUGCUCCCCGUUUAGUUGGUGAAUUCAGCAUAAUCCAACCCUCCUCAGGUAAAUAAUGCUGGGUUGAAAUGAGAAUCGUACUGCAUCUUCCUAGCGAUGUUUUCGGGUCUAAGUAAAAUUUCAAAGUUGAUCAACUUCUUGGCUAAUGGCCACAACGUUCUGUAUGGGUUUGAGACAUGAUUUAUAAUGCAGCACAAACUUUUACCAACUCAGAGGCGAGGCAGCAGUAGCUCAGUAGCUGUGUUACCUUUUGCAAGUGGCACAAGGAGCAGUGGGAAUGUCUCUAUGAGCAAUGCGCUGUUUUACUACACUAGAAAAGUAGUUAUUUAGCAUUAUUGCUUAAAAAGGAAUGUCCUUAUUGAUAUGCGUUUCUUCACAUAUAAAUGGAACGUUCUUGGCGGUUUUUGGAGGUUUUAUUAGAGGGCUUUAUAGUCGCAAUAAAAGACUUCCCUUUAACUGCAUUGUUAGCUACCUUGUGCUAGCAGUUUUUAAGUAUUUAGAAAGCAUUGAAAAGAGGAGUGUGUUUUUGUCCCACACAAAGAUUGUGAAUGAUUGGAAAAAAAUCCAAAAAAGUGCAGUUUCUGUUCAGGAAACGCGGUAAACAGCUUACAUGAUUUAAAAAAAAUUAUAAAAUAAAAUAAAAACUGCUGGUCCCAAAACAAAUGUAAUACAGAGAAAAAUGAAUGGAUACGAGGUCCACUUUUAAUACUUCUUGUGCCUUAGAGAUGCAAAAGCACAUCCAAUGUAGGUCAAUAUAAGCUAAUUUAUGAACAAAACAACUUUGUGCUGACAAAGCAAAUUAAUGUAAUAUCUAGUCAAACAUCUUAGCUUGAUUUUUAGAAUAUGCCAAGGACCAAUUAACUAACCACAAGCCGAUAAUUGCUGUGGGGGCCACACCUUUGGCCUCCCUUUCCUGUCACUCACGUGUAAUGUUUACCAUGUUGGAAAUCAAUUCGCCUCUACCAUAUGACAUGGUUAAUCCGCUUAAAAAUACAUGUUGUUACGAGGAAUGGGUACCAUAUUCGGUAUUUUUAUAGGCACCCACCUAAUUCUGUCGGUAUUACCAGUAAUCUACUCACUUAAAUCAAAAAGUCCCUUAUUUCAAUAACUUUGUUGCCCUUGACAUAAGGUCCGGUUGCAGACUAAACACCGGCUCAAACACUUGGCAAGGAAACACGAUUUCAAGCAGCGCUCAAAGCAGACUCAGCUUAACUGCCUCUCAUAAACGUUUACAUUUUUAAUGCAAACAAAACAAGUAUAUCUGAUCAAAAAAACGCUCGGACAUAAAGUAAGGCUCCACUCUUCGAUGCAUUAGCUUGAUUCUAAUUUUUGCUAUGCCAUAGGCAUGCUACUGAUUAGCAUUAGAAGUUUUACAUGGCAGUUUCAACACCUCCAAAUUUGAAAAUGAAGAUUACACCUAGAAUGGCCAUUAAAUCAAAAAGCUAGUGUGUGUAAUAAGUACAAUAAUUACAGUAUAAACACCUUGUAGGGUGCAAUAUAUUAACUUAAUAGCUAAGACUACUAGGCUACACACCGUAGUCUGUACACUACUGCCAUCUAACGUCUUGGAAUUGAAAAUUUACUCUAUGAUACUUGCAAAUCAGACUCAGAAAUGUAAUAAGAAAACAAGCAGUAACAACUGGUCAGCACAGUUAUCAUCAUCUGCACAAUUUUAAAUGUUACAUUAAAAGAUGAGAAUGUAUUGUAAAAUAAUUAACAUUUCUUUACACACACAUGAAUACCGAACAUUGGUAUCAUUGAGUACCAGUGUGGAUUCCUAGGUACAGUAUCGGUUCAAAUGGGAAGGUACCCGCCUGUCUAUUAUAAAGAGCCUCCAUGAGUCAUAUGAUAGCAACAUAGGAACAUCUGAACUCAUCAAGACUACCACCUUCUCUCGUCUCAUAUAUUUCACCCUACACUUUAAAGACUUUUCCACUGUUCGAUGCAGUCUGAGCUGAAUUUGAAGUGUCCUCUUGCUUCCCUGGUGACCUCCUUUUUUUGCAAGGGGUUAAGGAGAGGUUACCCCGUCCCAUUUCUUAAAACGAUCAUUCCGUGUGCCUUCUGAUCAAAAAAGUACCAAACUUGUAAGCGAUUAAAAGUCUGGAACUAGUCAGGUCUAGAUAGAAAGUUGGACUGCGUUCAUUUUUAGAGCGGGAAUAUUCAUGACAGCUGCUUUUACCAUUUAGUCUUCUUCUUGUGUUGACUUUCUGUUCACACCUCUCACGUUAACGGUUCAGUUUUGACCCGUGUCUUAAUAAUAAUAAUAAUGAUAAUGGAUUUUAUUUGUAAAAAGCACUUUACAUUGAGUAAACAACCUCAAAGUGCCACAGUGUAUUAAAAACAAUAAAAAUGAAAAUAUAAUAAAAAUCAAUAAAAAUAAAAACUAGAACAGCCUAAUAGCUAGAACUAGUAUGCAUAUGUCUUUGAAAAGGCUUUUUUAAAAAGAAGGGUUUUUAAGCCUUUUUUAAAAGAAUCCACAGUCUGUGGUGCCCUCAGGUGGUCAGGGAGAGCGUUCCACAGACUGGUAGGGGCGGAUCAGAAAGCCCGGUCUCCCAUUGUUCGUAGCUUUGUCCUCAGAGGUUGGAGGAGGUUAGCCUGUCCGGAGCAGAGGUGUCUUAAAUCAGCUGCUCAGUGUACGAAAAGCAAUUUACAUGUCUGUCUUCUUAUUUAUGUGCAGGUGGCAAAAUGAGAAUUCCUUAAGGCUCACGUAAUAGGGAUAGGAGAUAGAUGUCUUGGCAGUAGACUUAUAAAUUCAUCUUGAGUUCUUAUUAUUGCCUUAUAAUCAUAAUUUUAUCACUGGGUCGAUAACGACAAUACAAAUGUAAUCAUUUCAAGCACACUAUUUAAAAAAUUGUAAAAUGUUAUUAAUUGUUUUAAUUUUCUUGUAUGCAUUUAAAACCUAAAACAGGUCAGUAUCGAGCCUAACACAAGAGGAAGGUUAAAUUACAUAGGAAAAAUACAUAAAUGUUGUCCACAUUUUUGCAGUUGAUGAGAUUUGUUAAUCAGAUUCAAUCUAUUUACACAGGGGUUAUCAACAUAUUUAAUCACAUUACAUUUUGAAAUCAUACGUUUCCAGAUCGGUGCAUUGGAAGGGACGGCCCAAUUCCCUGAUUUCCCUGGUUCAUUAAAUAUGAUCAAUCCCCUGAACUUUUUCUCUUGGGUUAUGCAUAUUGUGUUAAUAAAUAUACAGGUUGAUUGCUACCAUUGAUCAGGCUAUGCUACAGUGAACACUGCAAGAAAUUGAAAACCCUCAGAAAAUAUUUAGGCAUCUAAUGGUGCCCAUGAAGAGGUGCACUAAUUCCUUGGUUUUCAUUUGCACCAAAAGUAUGUCUCCGUUUUCAUACACUGUCCCGUUUUUAGAACAAAUAGUCACAUUGGUGACUCAGUCUCUGUUCUUACCUUAUUUAGUAUGGGUGUAAGUAAAAUAAUCCAUCUCUGUUCUUACCUUAUUUAGUAUGGGUGUAAGUAAAAUAAUCCAUUAUAGAACCAAAUAAAGUUGUAGCAUAAUAGUCCAAUCAAAGUCAACCUUAGAGCUUUAGAGUCUGUAUUUCCAGAGGUUCAGCGAACAGAACACACUGCUCAAGGGCUCAGGGGUGUCCAAACUUUUUAACCUUGGGGGCUACAAAAAAAUUUAGCUGGGAGCCAAAAGCUAUGUAUAUAUAGCCCAGGGGUCGGCAACCCGCGGCUCCAGAGCCGCAUGCGGCUCUUUGAUCACUCUAAUGUGGCUCAGCUGCAUAAUUUUGACUUAGCUGCAUAAUUUCCGACCCCCCUAAUAUCCCGAGAGAUUUCCGGGGUAUAAUACCUCACUCAGAUAUCACCCGGGGCCAACAUUCUCUGAUAUUCAUCCAGUCGACAUUAUAGAGGGCGUGCCCUGAUGGCAAAGCUUUAACAGUCUUCUAAAACUUGUCGUUGCGCCGACUUAUACACAUAUCUGCGUGCCAGCCGGUCACAUGUAGCCUCUGUUGAUACACGACAGUGACUGCAAGGCAUACUUACUCAACAGCCAUACAGGUUACACUGACAGUUGUGAUAUAAACAACUUUAACACUCUUACUAAUAUGCGCCACACUGUGAACCCACACCAAACAAGAAUGACAAACACAUUUCGGGAGAACAUCCGCAUUGUAACACAUAUAAACACAACAGAACAAAUACCCAGAAUCCCAUGCAUCCCUAACUAUUCCGGGCUACAUUAUACACCCCCGCUAGCACGAACCUCGGCCCCCCCCAACCCCGCCCACCUCAACCGACGCACGGAGGGGGGGGGAUUUGGUACUAGCGGGGGUGUAUAAUGUAGUCCGGAAGCGUUAGGGAUGCAUGGGAUUCUGGGUAUUUAUGUUUGUCAUUAUUGUUUGGUGUGGGUUCACAUUGUGGCGCAUAUUAAUUAGUAAGAGUGUUAAAGUUGUUUAUAUCACAACUCUCAGUGUAACCUGUAUGGCUGUUGAACAAGUAUGCGUUGCAGUCGUCUAAGUGUGUCUAUGGAAGCUACUUACGACUCGUGGCUGGGCUGUGCUAGAUAUUUGUACAUGUUGUAGAGGGCGGUAAAGGCAGCGCCUUCAUAGCACGCCCGUAUUAUGUUGAAGGGCGAAAAUCAGCAGACAUUCGUGAGAAUAGUUGCUCUGAAAUUCGUCAGUCUCCCGGAAAGUAUAGGAGGGUUGGCAAGUGUGAUGCUGUUAAUUUAGUUUUCUUUACUUUGUGAAACGGGUCAAAAUGGCUCUUUGAGUGGUAAAGGUUGCUGAGCCCUGAUAUAGCCAAUACAUCUAUAUGUGUACAUAUAAUAUUAUUGUAAUGGCUAUAUAAUGAAUAUAAUUGGAUUUUUAGAGUAUGUGAAACUUCGACUCCUACCUUGUUUACUUCCAUGACGACCUCCCUAAAGAUUUGUUGUUAAUCGGAAAUAUCAAGAAGCUAAAAUGCGCCAAACGUGGAUAAGUCUGGAGAGCGUUCUGCAUUUUCACCAGAAUUUAUUGUAAUAGAUUUAAAUUGGGGUAAUUUUGAAUUUGUUGUGGGGCUUGGAUAUUUGUUAUGAUAUCCACAAAGUUCAGUGAACAUGUUGUGUAAUGUUUUUGUGUUGAUUACAUUUUUUUUUUUUGCGCCAUGAAUAGGUAAGGUUGUUUGGAUUGGGUCAUAAAAGUAAUUGCUGUGCUGAACUCAAUUGAAAUAGGAGUUCAUGGUCAUUGACCAGAUAUACUCGCAAGAUAGUGGCAAAUGUGCAACAAUAAGGUUACCAGAUAUUUUAAAUUAGUUGGGACACACCCCACGGGCCAGUUUCCUCAUUAAACUCAUGACGUCUCACGGGCCGAACUGAGGUUGCAGUUUGGACACCCCUGGUCUUACAUUACCAAGGUAAUAUGGUGCUUACAGGCUGUCCUCAGUAGUGUGUAAAUUAGAUUUACAUUGUUUCCAACUGGAAACCUGCUCAGUGGCCUAGUGGUUAGAGGGUUUGCCCUGAGAUUGGUAGGUAGUGAGUUCAAACUCUGAGUCAUACCAAAGACUCUAAAAAUGGGACUCAGUAUCAAGAGUUGGAAUUGGGGGGUUAAAUCACCAACAAUGAUUCCCGGGGGCGGCUGCGCUACUGCUCACUGCUCCCCUCACUUCCCUGGGGGUGAGGAUGAUGGGUUAAAUCAGGGGUCUCAAACAAGCGGCCUGCGAGACGCUAUUUGGCGGCCCGCACCUUAAUAUGUAAUUUAAUGUUGGUGCGGCUCGCGAGUUUUACAUGAAUGGCGCUUUACAGCGUCAUACUUGUAUACCCUCGAUUUUUCCGGGAAACUCCCAAUUUUCAGUGCCCCUCUAGGGGUAAACAUUCACCCGAAUUUCACCCAAACAACAAUAUUAAGGGGGCACCAUGGAGGCACUGCCUUUAGCGUCAUCUACAACCUGUACAACUUGUGCCAUCCCAGUCACAUGUUGUAUUUUGCUUCCGCAGACGCUGUAAGUGACUGCAAGACAUAGUUGAUUAACAGCAAUACAGGUCACACUGAGGGUGGCCGUAUAAACAACUUUAACACUGUUACAAAUAUGCGCCACAAUGUGAACCCCCACCAAACAAGAAUGACAAACACAUUUUGCGAGAACAUCCACACCGUAACACAACAUAAACACAACAGAACAAAUACCCUGAACCCUUUGCAGCCCUAAGUCUUCCGGGCUACAAUAUCCACCCCUGCAUUCCCCAACCCCGCCCCCUAUUGUAGGGGUUAGUUGCAUGUUAGAUUUUUUAAGAAAUCUCUUCUUGCGACCCAGCCUCACCCAGUUUCUGCAUCCAGUGGCCACCAGGUAAAUUGAGUUUGAGACCCCUGGGUUAAAUGCACAGGAUAAAUUAACUUUACUUUAAAAAAACGUUUCUGUUUUAAUAUGUUUUUUCAACUGACACUUUGUGACUGAUUAAUUACAAAAAACGAGGUACCACUUUAUAUUAAACAGGGGGGGACUUCAGUAUCAUUUUGUGACUAUUUCCAUGGAUUGGUCCAGUAGUACAUUUGCUUUGCAUUUUUUAAAUAUUUGGUUCGGUCCAAAAAGAUGCUCAGCUCUCUACAAUAAUCGUACAAAGUUCACAACUGUAUUUAAUUCAUUGAUUGUACGUAUUCGAGGUACUUUACAUUAAGUAAUGCCUGAUUAGCUUGAAUCAGGGGUCACCAACACAGUGCCCGCGGGCACCAGGUAGCUCGUAAGGACCAGAUGAGUCGCCCGCUGGCCUGUUCUAAAAAUAGCUCAAAUAGCAGCACUUACCAGUGAGCUGCCUCUAUUCUUAAAAUUGUAUUUAUUUACUAGCAAGCUGGUCUCGCUUUGCUUGACAUUUUUAAUUCUAAGAGAGACAAAACUCAAAUAGAAUUUGAAAAUCCAAGAAAAUAUUUCAAAGACUUGGUCUUCACUUAUUUAAAUAAAUUCAUUUAAUUUUUUUUUUGCCUCAUAUAACUUUCAGAAAGACAAUUUUAGAGAAAAAAUACAACCUUAAAAAUUAUUUUAGGAUUUUUAAACCUUUCCACCUUUAAAAUUCCUUCCUCCUCUUUCCUGACAAUUUAAAUCAAUAGUCAAGUAUUUGUUUUUUCAUUGUAAAGAAUAAUACAUUAUUUUUAAUUUAAAUCUUCAUUUUAGCUUCUUUUUUUUUUGACUAAGAAUAUUUGUGAAAUAUUUCUUCAAACUUAAUAUGAUUAAAAUGUAAAAAAAAAUUAUUCUGGCAAAUUUAGAAAAUCCGUAGAAUCAAAUUUAAAUCUUAUUUCAUAGUCUUUUGAAUUUAUUUUUAAAUUUUUGUUCCGGAAAAUCUAGAAGAAAUAAUGAUUUGUCUUUGUUAGAAAUAUAGCUUGGUCCAAUUUGUUAUAUAUUCUAACAAAGUGCAGAUUGGAUUUUAACCUAUUUAAAACAUGUCAUCAAAAAUAUAUAUUUAUUGUGAGAACUCAGUAAUAUGAUCAGUGUUUCCACAAAGAUAAAUAGCAUUAAUUAUUAAUAAUAACAUAGAGUUAAAGGUAAAUUGAGCAAAUUGGCUAUUUCUGGCAAUUUAUUUAAGUGUGUAUCAAACUGGUAGCCCUUCGCAUUAAUCAGUACCCAAGAAAUAGCUCUUAGUUUCAAAAAGGUUUGUGACCCCUGGCUUGAAUAAUGAAGUGGCUAAAUUAAAUUAUAUCAUUUUUAGCCUGUUUUAACACAGAAUAUGGUUUAUCCAUGCACCCUGCUUGGCACUCAGUAUCAAGGGUUGGACUUGGGGGUUGAAUCACCAAAAAUGAUUCCCGGGCGCGGCCAACACUGAUGCCCACUGCUCCCCUCACCUCCAAGGGGGGUGAUCAAGGGGAAUGGGUCAAAUGCAGGGAAUAAUUUCGCCGCACCUUGUGUGUGUGUGACAAUAAUCUUUGCUACUUUAACUUAACUGUGACCGCAAAUGAUUUACUCCGUAGGAACAUUCAUCGUCCUUGAUUUGUUGAUGUGGUUUUAAAAAUGCGUGAAAAGCAACAGCCAAUUCACGAACUGACAUUUUUUUCUUUGCAUUAGUUUGAUGUCCUUCAGUUGAUGUUGAAUGUGUUUACUUGCAGGACAUUUCAUUCUACUCCAAGAAGUGCACUCCUUUAGUGAACCAUGGUUUUUACAUUUUCUUUGUCCAUGAUGUUCAGCUUCAAAGUAGAAGCGCUCCUUUAAUGAAGUGUUAAGUGUUGCUCUUGAUCACUGUGGAAAUGUAGAACAAAAAUAGGUGCUCAACGAAAUGUAAGCCAAGAAAAAUAAAGACUUUUUAAGCACUCA